AUGGAGAAUAUUGGAUCCAAUGUUCGCCUGUUUCUUCAAGAUGUGAUGUUCGAUAAAAAUAAAAAUAUUCUUAUUGACACUAGAUUAUUUUAUUUAUAUUUUUUCAGGACUCCAUAUGAAAUUAAUUAUGUAAUUGAUGAUGAUAUUCAUAUUGAAUUUUUUCGAAAUCCAAAAUUUCAACGAUAUUUAAUUAAUUAUAUAAAACAAGAAACAUAUUCAGUUGAUAUUGAUAUUAAACCAGGAACUUCAAACGAUGGUGAAUUAUUAUAUAAUUAUGUAAUUAAAUUAACAGGAAAAAAACAAUAA